AUGUCAAACAUUUGCUUUCAUCACGGUCAAAAAACUCUGGCGCGUCGUCGAAUCCCUAUGAUAAGUAUCGAUGGAUAUGAAUACAUGUGCUCCAAAGCAUUUCCUGGUGGCAUGUAUGUGAUAUGUAAAUACAAAGAAAGAAAAAACUGUAAAUUUCGAGGUAAACUAAUUAAUAAUCAACUUACUAUUUCUCGUAAUCAUGAUCACGCUAGAGUUAGCGAUGCAGAAAAAAUUUACAACUUCGAGAGAUCUUUGUAUGAAGAGGUAACAACUCAUCAUUUCAAAUCUCUAAGAAUUAUCUACGAUGAAAUUAGUUUGCUUCAUCAUGAAGCAGCUAUUCAUGUCACAUGGGUUGAUAUUUAUCCAAAAAUGUUGAGGUGGCGCCGACAAAUAAAACCCCCGAUACCGAAUUCAAUUGAUCAGUAUAUAAACUUAAUUGAGAUGCCCGAAUGGAACAUGUACACAAGUCACAAUCAAACAAAUAUCACAGUCAUAACUAUUGAAGAUAAUGAUCAUUCUAAAUCUAUUAUUUAUGCUGAUUUAGAAUUUCUACGAUCUUUAAAUAAUGUUUUCGAAUUGUAUAUCGAUGCGACAUUUAAAGUGGUUCCUAGAAAACCUGCAUUUUGCCAGUUGCUGACAAUUUUUAGGAUUGGUUCAAGAUUCACAUAUGAGUCGGUACUUACAUAUUUUUCUAUUAAUUUGGCUCCACAUUUGCAUCCAUUAGCAAUAAACACUGACUUUGAACGUGCUCUCGGUACGGCAAUUGAGAGAAUCUAUCCUGGAGUAACUCAUACUCGAUGUUAUUUUCACCUAUGUCAGGCGGUUAUGAAAAGAGUAAAGAAGUUAAAACUUCUAAAUGGAAUCUAUGAAAACGAUGCGCGUCGAUUAUUUCUACAAAAAUUAUUAGUACUGCCUCUACUACCAGCCGAAGAUAUUGAACUAGCCUUUUACUGGAUUGUUAGUACGACUGUGCCAGUUAUUUUAAUAUAUUUUAAAAAGCUGCUGAAGUACUUUCAUAGUCAAUGGAUAAGAAGAACAAGACCGGAGCUUUAUUCUGUUUUUCUUAGAGUUUUUCGAACUAACAACUUCUCUGAAGCCUAUAAUAAAGUGUUGAAUGUCCGAUUCGGUACUCAUCCAAAUAUUUGGGACUUCACAGAAAAAAUUUUAAUUUUGCAGGAAUUGAAGCAAACAGAGUAUGCAUCUUUACAAAUUGGAAAUCAAGUAACGGGACACUCUAGAAGACGUGAGACCUUGAAAAACGAAAUCAUCCAUCGCGCUUGGGAUUUAUAUCAAAAUAAUCAGUUUGGUAUUCCACAAUUUAUAAAUUGUGUCAGUCACUUGAUAAAUGAGCUAAAAAAUGGAAGAGCCGUUGAAGUUCAACAAGUUAAUGAUUUCAUCAUCGGAGUUCCUAUUGGAAUUGAAUUCAUUGUCGGUGAACAUAUCACAGAUUGUGUGGUUUGUGAACAAAAUAUUACAAAUCAUAUUUGUUUACCAUGCAACCAUUGGUUUGGAUGUUCACAGUGCGUAGAAAACAUGCGAGCCCUUCUUGCUCGAGUGAAUGCGAACCUAAGUUGUCCAACUUGUGCCAACGUUGUAGACUCAUUUGAAAUGAUUUUUUAA